AUGGCCAUCCCUGAUGUAUUAUCCACACUGCCUUUACGAGCUAUUCAAGCAGUCCUGCUACACUUCAAUAUCUCAGAUCUACUCAGUUGCUCACGUACAUGCUUGAGAGUAUGUAACGUUGCGAAGUCGUUGGAGUACGAACCGAUCAGUUUGGACGUCGACAUCUCCAUAUAUGGUACAUCAUUGAUAUUCAAUUGCAACAAUGUCUGUGAAACGUGGUCUUUCAAGGAAUCAGGCAAUACUGUGACGGUCUCUAAAAAGGAUCCUCCGAAUACGAUUAUUUACGGAGAAGGAAGCAAUAACGUCUACUAUUCACUCACUUCAGCAAUCAUCUAUGUGACCGAUGUCUUGAAAUGCACAGUAUCAAAAGUUAAAAUUUGGAUUCAAGGCUUUAAGCCCUUCAUGCUACACAAUUUGAUGGAGCUCAGAAUCGAGAAAUGUCUCGAUUUGCAGAUCUACAUUGCUCUCGGGGAGACGACACCAGUCAUUCGAGAACAAUGGGUAGCCGAAGUUAUCAAGAAUGUCUGUGCCACAGGACGUUUAUAUAUUGGUGUGCCAACAGAUGGGAGCUUCACAUGUGAUCCAUGUCACUUCAAAUGUCACCUUUUAGUGAUGGAUAAGCCGACGCCUUGGUUGACUCCUGAGAUUCUAUGGAAGAUGAGAUGCCCCCAGAUGAUAAUCAAGAAUUGCCCUUUCACACUGGAAAACUUUCUCGCAUUCGUCGAUAGAUGGAAGGUUACUGAUCGGAGGGAUAACAGAAAGUUCGAAUUUCUGGAUAUGCAUUUUGGAGAUCUAUUGAAAAAGAAGAUUACCGAUGGCAUACUUCGAGGGAAAUCGUGGGAUAAGCAGUUGAGAGGCCAAUAUUAUUUAACUGACGAGGAAGUGAUCGACUGCCAAAAUGGGAAAGACAUCAUUCACAUCAGAGAUGAGAGACUCAUGGCAACAACUCUCAUUCAUAAAAAUCGGAAGAAUCUAUUCUUUGGAGUUUGGCAUAAUCCUUUCCCCGUGAUUCCUGACGGAAUUCUACAAGCACCAAGAAGAUAA